AAAUAAACAAAGCUCCUUUCAAAUUUUUCUGUUUCCGGAUGCCUGCAAAAAUCGUGAUUGUGUCAGUAGGGCAUCUUAUAAGAAGUAGUAUCUUUUUAUGUAUAUAUAUAUAUAAAUAGGUAUAUUCUUGGAAGAAAUAUUUGGGGUCCAACAGUAAAAUAGUAUCAUUACCAUUAUCGUAGUAUCUGUAAUGUCUUCCUCAAACACUUCAUCUCCAACCAAGAGAUCGGUAUUAUCUCCUAGACCAUCUAAUAUCUUAUUAUCUCCUAGCAAGAGAUCUCCAUUCAAACAUCAAUAUAUAGGAAAUUAUAAUAAGUUAUCUCCUUUGAAGGGAGUCGUAUCAACACCAUCAUCUUCUGGUUCACCUAUUAUAAAACGUCCGAAAUUAAACUUUACCAUUUUUGAAGAUAAACCAGAUACAACAAAACAACAACAAAACAAGGAUGAAGAAUUUGAUAUUAGCAAUAAGUUAAACCAUAAUGAUCAAGAAAAUAUUUUACAACCUUCUAAACAAAUUAAAUCUAGAUCUACACCAAAGAAUAUCAAUUCAAACUAUAGAAAACCAUUAUCUAAUUUGAAUAUUAAUGAAUUCCCUGGUUAUAUAAGGUACGCAAAUGAUGGUAAUAGAGAUACACAAUUAACAGAUUUAUACCAACCUAUUAAUUUUGAUAACGAGUUUAAGUCUUUGCAUAAAUUUCAAUCCAUUCCUAGCUUUUUAACUCCUCUGAGGAGACAAGCAUACAAAUACUUGUACUUUUCCAAGAGUAAAAUCUUUGAAGAACAAGUACCUGAAGAAGAAGUUGAUGAUGAAGUAGAUGUGGAUGAUGUAGAAGCUCAUCUCCUUACAAAACGUAAAAGAUCAUUCUCGGUUGGAAGUAAUGAUUCAAAGUUAGGCUUAAUCAGAAAGAAUAAUUUUACCAUAAUGUCAAAUUAAUGAAAUUAAAUUUGAUUUAGCCUCUUUUUUUAUACAUAGUUUAGCUUUGCAUUACAUAUGAAACACUUUGCUACGUUGCUCUAAUGAUACCCCGUUUCUAUGUUUACUGACUUUAAUAAAACGAAUGAAUGACUACAAUAUAGUUUUGUAUAAACCUUACCCAAAAAUUUUCGCACCCAAACUAACCUUAGUGGUUAUAACGUUUAUAGUGGUUAUAAAGAAUGGGGGGUAGUUACU